GGAAUUCAGCUAUCAUUUUAAGGCAACCCUUUGUUUUACGGAUGAGGGAGAAAAGACUAGGGAUUAAGGAGGCAGGGAUCUGCCCAAGGUCAUGCAGAGCGGGUUCCUGCCUUGGGAUCAGACCCCAGGUACACCAGCUCUCAGCCCAGAGCACCACGUGAACUGCUGCUUCCAAACCAGGACACCAAACCUGGUUCCAUCAGGAACAGAAAAAGCUUCCCACAGGUUGAAAAGAGUCGCCCUUUCUGACCACAAAGUUUUCCCGAAGCCUGUCUCACCCAGCUUCCCCAUUGGCUCAUGGGAUCCCACCCCCUUCAGGGUUCCUCCCCCUGCUCUGCAAGUUCUGGGAGAGGGGCCAUUCCCUGAGAGGCCAAGGGUCACCACAACACCAUGACUGAGUCUAACAAGCCCAUCCUCUACUCCUAUUUCCGGAGCUCCUGCUCAUGGAGAGUUCGAAUCGCUCUGGCCUUGAAAAGCAUCGACUAUGAGACCGUACCUAUCAACCUCAUAAAGGAUCAGGGACAGCAGUUCUCUCAAGAAUUCCAGGCACUGAAUCCCAUGAAGCAGGUGCCAACCCUGAAGAUCGAUGGCAUCACCAUAAGUCAGUCUCUGGCCAUCAUCGAGUUCCUGGAGGAAACUCGGCCAACUCCACGCCUCCUGCCACAAGACCCGAAGAAGAGGGCCCAGGUUCGCAUGAUUUCGGACACCAUCGCCAGUGGCAUCCAGCCCCUGCAGAACCUGUCUAUCCUAAAGCAAGUGGGACAGGAGAACCAGCUGACCUGGGCCCAGAAGGUCAUCCACACUGGCUUUAACGCUCUGGAGCAGAUCCUGCGGAGCACAGCGGGGAAGUACUGUGUGGGAGAUGAGGUGUCCAUGGCUGAUCUCUGCUUAGUGCCUCAGGUGGCAAACGCUGAAAGGUUCAAGGUGGAUCUCACUCCCUAUCCGACCAUCAGCCGCAUCAACAAGACACUGCUGGCUUUGGAGGCUUUCCAGGUGUCUCACCCCUGCCGGCAGCCAGACACACCCCCUGAGCUGAGGGCCUAGCUCUCCCAACUGUGCCCCAUGGGUGAGGGGGCAGGAGAGGUGCAGGAGCAGAAGCCGGGGUUGCUGAACAGACCUGGAAACAAGUGAGCCCUAAAUGGAGAAGCAGGAGACCUGAACUUGAACUUGGACUCUAGCCCUGGAUCCGCCUUUCCACUGUACCUCUUUGCACCUCAGUUCCCUCCUCUGUCCAGUGCAGGUAGCGCGGGGGAGAGCAUGCUGGGAGGGAGGGAGGUAGGAACAUCACCAGUCAUCUGCAUCAUGGGCAAUCGUGAAGGUGAGGGGAGAAAGUAGCCUAAGAUGCUUGGCGGAUGCGCCAGAGAGACGUAAGGGAGCCUGCGUGCUUCUUCCCAUCCCCACAGCUGUACCUGACUCCAGAGAAUGCCCACUCUGAAAUUUGAUGAUUAAACGGAAGCCCAGGCCUCCAGAUUAUUCAGUUAAGGCUGAGCUACAUUCCAGAAGGUGAACAUUCUUCCUGGCUGGAAGCCCCCGGCAUUUGGGCCAGGAGAGAAAGAAAUCCAAAAGCCUGCCAGAGAGAAUCAGACCAGAUCCAGAAGAGAACAGAUAGAAGCAGCAGGAAAGAAAGCAUUCUGUGACCAGCUGAGUUCCCAGGGCUAGAAUAGUACCAGUAAGUGGUCCACUGGGGCAUGGAGUGGGAAGCGGGGCCUCUCAACCCAGUCCCAGACCGUCAGGAGUCCCAGCAUUCUCCAGACCAGUCCCGGAAGUGGGCACUUGGAAUAAAUCGUCAUGCAGUGUCCUGGGAAUCGGAGGCAGGCUCCUCCUUGGGCAGCGUGACCCGCCACCACCCAGGCAGGCUCCAGACCCCACCCAGCUAGCAGCUUACCGUGAGGUCCCUUCUGGAAGUGGAACAAGAUGACUUUUAUGUCCUGUACCUGGGACUUCAUUUCCCCUGCAUGGCUAAGGCUUGAACAGUGAAUUCAGGUAGAUGUGUCCGGUUCAGAAGGAAGCCACCACUCUCAGCCACGAGUCCCUUUUCUUCAGCCUGCAUCUCAGGGCACCUAGUUUCUCCCAUUCUCCCGGGUUCCUUUGUGACCUUUCUUUCCUGAACCUGGUUUCCGGGCUUUAGAAUGACCCAAAUGGGCCACUCUUGUUCCCGACAUGCAUUGGUUCUGGCCAAUGAUGAGCCAGAAAAAAAGUCCAGCACGGUACGUGAGACACCACAAUGACAAAGGGAGACUCGGUGGCUCCACUGGCCCUGCCACCAUCUUUCCCUCAGCUUACUCCAGACUUGCCCCACUGGGCAAAGCUCCCACAUGGGCUUUUUCCAGGAAACUUCGAUUCAAGAGACUAAUCUCCUCAGCCCAGGGGUCAGGAUUUGCACCUGAUUUGGACAUUUGCAACUGAAGGGGAUUAAAGGCCCCAUAGGUUUUAAAGACACCAGCUUUGCAGUGACCCCCGGUGGUAACUUCCCCACCUGGGAGCUGGGACAUGUGACCUUGUGACUGGGAAUGUGGCCCACAGGGCCCUUGCUCUUCUUGAACUCCUGUCCCUCACUUACCCUGGGAAAUUUACUUGGCUACGAGGAACUCAGUGUGGUUAGUCUGUCUCCUGUCUGCUUGUCUGUCUUGAUCCAAAAUACCUUCCGAGAGCUGCCAUAUUUCAGCCCCAGGUCUCCUCCUGAACACUAUCAGAGUAUUAACUCGUUUAACCUGGGACUCUAUCAACCAUCCUAAAAUUGGUGGCAAAAGCCUAAUGGAUUGUAAGGAAUUCUAAGUCAGGUAAAGAGGUGAUACAGCCUCUGUUGUCAAAACACUAAAGAAACCAUCCCUCAUCUGUGGCACAAAACUCCCUUUAUAAUUUUCCUCAACAUUCCCAUAGUUCUGGUCCUCUAGCCCAGCAGGACUUCUCUGGUGUAUGUCAGAUAGAAACUGAGAAUCAGUUGUGGGUGGAUGGAAGGAGGAGAGAACAAAUGUGGGGUUUCCUCCGGGCUCAGCAGAGAUCCUUGGAGUCCCAUUUCUGAGGCUCCCCUUUCUAGCUGCCUUACCCCAGACCCCUCCACCCUCAAACUCAAGACAAACCUGACCUUGCCCCACAAAAAGAGAAAUGUGUCCAAGCCAGAGAAACUCAUCCCAGGCUCCUCUGAGGUGACGCACCUGGAAAGUGCUGGGUUUCUGCGGGCAUCCCACAAGGAUUAUCCGCACCACUCAGAGGAAGUGACUGAACUUCUGUGACUCUCGGCUGCACUGGCUUUAGGAGGACAGUGGUCCAUCCAUCUUUUUCUCUCAUGAUGUUUUCGUAAAGGAGAUUUUUGUCUGUUGAAGCCAGAGCCUAAACCUCGGGAGCCUUCCACACAGCUGGCAGCACCACAGGCUGGUGUCAGGACCAGGGCUGGGGUCCACCCUUGCCACCUUCUUCACCCCAACCUAAGGAGAGUGUCUGUGCUCUCCAGGGCCUAUGACGACUCUGAGUGUCUCCCGUGGGCUUCAGGGGACCGGGCCUGUGAGGAAGCGAUGGGAAUUGUGGGCCUGCAAGACAAGGCAGGCCUGGGGAGCCACCAACUCAGGGUGAACUGAGGGGUGGAAAAGGAACGUGGGGACAGAGGUGUUGGGAUGUGCAGAGGCUCUGGCCUUGCUGAAGGAGCACAGCUUAUGAGAAAGGAGAGUGGUCUGGUUUCGGGGCUUGUGUUUUUGAGUCAGAGUGAGGCUGUCACUCUGUGUGACAGCCUAAUGGAUUAUAAGGGCCCUCUGUGGAGUCCGGGACACCAGCAUGGUCAGCUGACCUGUCGUUGAGGGAUGUGGAGACCGGAGACUUUGCCGGCUUCAGCCCUCCGCACUGGGAACCCUUCUCCGGGGACCUGUGGCUGGGUGCAUGGGAGACAGAAGCCUCUUUAUUCCCAGAGGAACUCAGCCGUGCUCCAGGGAAUGAGAGAAUGCUGCAUUUUUAAACCAUCUUCCCUGCAUGACAGCAGAGCUCCCUUGAGCUCCUCUAGGGCUGCACUCCUGACCCGCGCCCCCCCCCCCAUGCCAAGCAGGGUGACUAGCCUUGCUCCCUCAGUGCUUGUUUGAUGGAAACCUGUCUUUCCUGUACAGCCAUGGCUGGCGACCCCCUCUCUUCCUGGAAUGUCUCUCCUCUUUGGGGGCCUUAGAAGAUCAUGAAGGAGCAAAGAUUUCCGUAUGGCUCCGAGGCUUAGCAAUAAUGAGGCUUCUCUAAAGGGCUUUGAAAACCAGCUCUUCUGUGACUUCCUCACAUCUGCAACUAAGUGCUUGUUUUCAGGGGUCAGAUGUAUCUCUCAAUUCAAAACUGUCACCUACUUAGGGGAUAUUUUCCAGUAGGAGCUCCUCUCUACAGGCUGAGUGGGUGGUAAAAGUCAAGUCCUUCAUUUCCACCUUAGUUGUGGGGCCUGUGGAGAACAACGGGCAGAUCCCUGACUCCGGCUGGUCAGAGGCCCCAGGGAGACCUGACCUGCAGCCACGGGGACAGAGGCCACGGGAUGAUGGGCAGAUGCGGGAGUGGCCUGCUACUGCU